AUGGUAACAUUAUUACAACAAUCUGUUAGAGAGGAUAUCUUGUUUUUACUUCAACAUGCUGAAACUUCUAAGUCGAUGUGGGAAGCAUUGAAACUAAAAGCCGAAGGCGGUAAAGACAUCAAGAAAAACAAAAUCUCUCUGCUAAAAAAGGAAUUUGAUCUGUUCGGAUGUAUGAAAGGAGAAACUGUCAGACAAAUGAUUGAAAGAUUUUGUCAUCUGAAGAUCGAGUUAGAAAGGUUUGGAAUCCACAAAGAUAGAGAAGAGAUUGUUGAUAAACUCGUCGAGGCAUUACCGCAAGUUGAUGACUGGAAAACGUUUGUGAUUGUUCUGAAGAAUGAUGCAAAGUUUGAUGAGAUAACAUUGGAUGGUUUAAUUGAAUAA